UGAUGUUUUUUGAGUUUAUAAUCAAUGUUGAAUUUGUUUUUAAUUACCUUUUUGAUACAGAUAUGGAAUGAUUUUUGUGCCAUUUACAGCCAUUGAUAACCACAAACGUUCAAUAAACAUUGGAGCAGGUUUGUUAAGCAACGAGUCAAUAGAAUCUUAUCGUUGGUUGCUCGAAGCUUUUUUGAAAGCACAUGUAAAACACCCUCAAUUAGUGUUAACAGACCAAGAUCCAACAAUUCUACAGGACGUUGAAGCAAUAUUUCCUACUUCUAAUCAUCGUUUAUGUAUGUGGCACAUUAUGAAAAAACUACAAGCCAAGGUUUCAGCCGAUUUUUUGAAAAACACUGAUUUUCGAAAGCGUUUUACGAAGCUUGUUUGGAAUGUCUACAUCGAGCCUGAAGUGUUUGAAUCAAGGUGGAAACUGCUUAUGAGAAAAUUCAAACUACAGGACUAAAGAUGGUUCAAAGACAUGUACAGGGAUCGAAAACUUUGGAUUCCAGCCUAU